AUGUCUCAAGUCCACCAACCUGCUCCAGGCGCCGCCCCUUCUUCGAUUCCCUCAAACCUCGGUCCGCAAAUCGAUCUCCUCGUCUCCCUUCACCUCUGGGCCUGGCCCGCGUUGACCCUCGCCAUUCAAAAUUCCUGGGGUGGCUCAAGUCAAGUUUCACACGAUAAGCGAGAGUGGUUUGCCGGUGCUGUCUCAGAGCUUUUGACAUCUAGUCCUCCACAACUCAUCGAUGUUGGGGAUCUCGAAGAGGUACUCCUUCAAGUCAUGGUCGACGAGUUUGAGGUGGUGGUCGAUGACGACAGUGCGGAAGAGACUGCGAGGGCAAUUUGGGGUGGUGUCAACAAGCUGAAGGGGGGUGAUGUGGCCGAGUUGAACGAAAUGCACAUCAAGUUCCAAGAAAAGCAGAAAAAAGGAGGGAAUCAAGUCUCUGGUAUUGUGCGUGGAGAGGACAAGGAUGCCGACGAAACCGAUUGGGAUGACAGCGAUGAUGACGAAGAUGAAUGGAAUGGCUUUCCAGACAGACCAACAGGAGAUGUCGACAUGUCCGAUGCGCCUCCUCUUCCCAGACAGAAGGUGGAACCAGAAAUUGACGAGGAUGGCUUCACAAAGGUUGUGGGCAAGAAGAGGAGAUGA